UGGACAAAAGCAGGAAUGGAACAACCCAUCUUCAGCACCAGAGCUCAUGUCUUCCAGAUUGACCCAAACACUAAGAAGAACUGGGUUCCCACCAGCAAGCAUGCUGUUACUGUGUCCUACUUCUAUGACAGCACAAGAAAUGUCUACAGGAUAAUCAGUUUAGAUGGCUCCAAGGCAAUAAUAAAUAGCACUAUCACCCCCAACAUGACAUUUACUAAAACAUCCCAGAAGUUUGGCCAAUGGGCAGACAGCAGAGCGAAUACAGUCUAUGGAUUGGGAUUUUCAUCUGAACAUCAUCUGUCAAAAUUUGCGGAAAAAUUUCAGGAAUUCAAAGAAGCUGCACGGCUGGCAAAAGAAAAAUCCCAAGAAAAGAUGGAGCUAACAAGUACACCUUCUCAAGAAUCAGCUGGAGGGGAUAUUCAGUCUCCUUUAACACCAGAAAGUAUCAAUGGGACUGAUGACGAGAGAGCGACGCCGGAGGUGACACAGAAUUCAGAACCAAGGGCUGAACCAACCCAGAACGCAUUGCCAUUUACCCAUAGUUCGACAAUCAGCAAGCACUGGGAGGCAGAACUGGCCACGCUCAAGGGUAAUAAUGCUAAGCUCACAGCAGCCCUGCUGGAGUCCACUGCCAAUGUAAAACAAUGGAAACAACAGCUUGCUGCAUAUCAGGAGGAAGCAGAACGUCUUCAUAAGCGGGUGACUGAGCUAGAAUGUGUGAGCAGUCAAGCCAAUGCAGUCCACACACAUAAAACAGAAUUAAACCAGACAAUACAGGAAUUAGAAUCUACGCUGAAGAAAAAAGAAGAGGAAAUAGAAAGAUUGAAACAAGAAAUUGACAAUGCCAGAGAGCUCCAGGCACAGAGGGAUUCUUUGACCCAGAAGUUACAGGAAGUAGAAAUUCGAAACAAAGACCUGGAAGGCCAGCUGUCUGAUCUAGAGCAACGUCUGGAGAAAAGUCAGAAUGAGCAAGAAGCUUUUCGCAAUAACUUGAAGACACUUUUAGAAAUUCUUGAUGGAAAAAUAUUUGAACUAACAGAGUUACGGGAUAACUUGGCCAAGCUAAUAGAAUGCAGCUAAAGAAAAUGGAUUUCAGUGCCAAUCAGCUUAAAGAUGCACUGUCUCUCUUUGUAGGACUGUGUUGGGCUCUGCAUCAAAGUUGCACAAAAUUAGAAAAUGCUCCUCUGAGAGGGCUUGUUUUAAAUUUGAGUCGUAUUUCAAUGUAAAAUUUAGAACUCAGCUUGUAGCUAGUUGAAGAAAAAGAAACAAUGAACAACAACAAAAAAAAACUUGAAUUACAAAUUACCUCCUUGUACAUUAUUGGCCAUAAAUAACCUGAAAGAUAUUAACAGUAAUUGAAUGCAAUCCUUUUCUAAUUAUCAGUGAUGGAAGAAUUAGCAGUGUCCCAGGUCAUAUCCCGUUUUUGUGAUAGACACAAUAUAGGUUAUUUGCUGUUUUAUUUAUUUAAGAUAUUUAAUUGCUGUGUUUUGUGCAAGAAGUUAGUGAUGACAGCCCUGUAUUUUGUUGUUCUUAAUAAUUUCUCAGGAUACUUUGCACUGGGGAGAAACAGUGCCAUUACCAAUUUAUUCUUGCCAGGGGUGAGAGAGAGUUGCAUCUUUAAUUGAAACGAAGUUACUAACUGCUUGUGUAAAGUUCUUCCUUUUGGGGUAUUUCAGGUGGUUGGUCAGUUGGUGGUUGUUUUUUUUUUUUUUUUUUAUUUUUUGCUUGUAUGUUUGUUUGUUGCUAUUGUUUUUUAUUAUUAUUAUUUAUACAAAAGACCAUAUUUCUUUAUGGAACUUACUCAAGUGUUCUAUCAUAUUGUCCAAUGUUUUCACAUGAAUUCCAUGUAAUUACAGUGAGAUACUAUCUUCCACUAAAUUGUAUUUUGAAGCCAACCAAUGAUGGCAGGUGAGUCCCCUGGGGAAAAAAAAAAAAAAAGAAAAAAGAAAAAAAAAAAAGAAAUGAGAAUGUUAAAUGUAAAAUUUAACAUGCACAGGUAACAAGAAAUAGCCAGUCAUUUGUUCUCUGGCCUUGCUCUGUAUAUCAAAUAUGUAUGUUGAAUUAACUGUUAGCCUGUUCUGCAGGAGACUUUUUCAGAAUGUCACUUGAAUUUCAGGUUUUGUUAUAAUGGCUUAUGGGGAGCACUGUUUAUUAUAGACUGCAUUAAGAGCAUAGAGCUAUUGCAAGGGAUUACUCAUAUACUGAACUUGUCCUGCCAAGAAAGCUGUUUCUAGAAGUUUUGUUGUCAUAACAAAUUGAAAUGGAGACAUGUUUACUCUUCUAUGGGUCUUCAUAUCACAUCUUUAUUGAAAUGACACCAGGCAAUAUUCUGAACUGUUAACUAAAUGUUUAAAAACAGGAAAUAAUUGAAUUCAGUUAUCCUCAGUGAGCAGGUUUUAAAGUUGUUCUGAUGUAAUUUUAACAGACUUUUGGCAAACACACAUUUCUUUAUAUAACAGAUUUAUUUAAAAAAACACACACACACGACUCUUUGAAAGGUAAGCCAAGUGUCAUGUGUCUUGCAUCAAAGUACAUUCUUGCCAUAAAUUGCUUGUAACUUUGAAGAGGGCUUUUUUAAAAGGUACAAAUGAGUGUCAGACUUCAGAGUCGAAAGAUGCACUGACCUUUGUUUGCUCCCUAAAUUAAUUUGAAUGUUAAACAUGAAAUCUAGCUGCUUAUUAAAUUUGUACAACACAAUGUUCUCCACUUAGAGACUGCUAUUGAAAGCUAGAAAAGUUUGUUUUAUGUGUGUACUGUAUGUAUAUACCAUAUAAUACACACAGGUUAUCAUUUAUAUUAGAAAUACAUGCUUUCUUUCUAAGAUUUUUUUUUUUUUUCUUUACCAGUGAUUUAUCAGGUGUCCCCUGACUAGUCAGGAAAAUGGUUUAGGUCAAAUGCUAAACCAUCAUGUAUUAUACUGUAUGUAAUGUACACAAUGUUUAAGUUUUAUCCAUAUUUUUAGGGUAUUUUCUCACUUAUUUUAUUUAUUAAUGGGGUGGGGGGAGCUUGAUUCAGCGUGCUACUGGUUGAAAACUUUGUGGUGAGCUACAUGUUUUUCAUUCGGUGGAUUUUAGGCAAUGGUGUGUACAACUUCAUCAGGUCCACAUGAGUGAGUUUCGCCAGGUUUUAAUUUACCUUGGUGAUGUUUGGCCCUGAUUCUCCUGUCACUUGUGCUGCUGUAAACCAGAUGUGUCUCUGAUGUGCUGUCAGCAACAUUCAGUUGGCAUAACAUUUGUGGAAGUGCAAGGAAAAUCUGGCCCAUUAAUGCUCGUUGGACAUAUAAGGAUGAAGAAACUAAAAACAAAAGAAAGUUGAUGAUGGAAUAAAUGUAAUAUUAUUUUUAAUGAUAUUAUUAUUGACAUUUUUAAAGAUAUGAUGUCAUUUACAUGUGGGAAAAUAGUGGACAGAAAUAUUUCCACUUAAAUUUUGUGAAUAUGUGUGGUACAUGAGUAUUUCUAUGUAUACGUACACACACAUAUGUAUAUAAAGAACAUGGAAAAAUUUAGAUGUGCACAUUUUUAAUAUUUUCCUAUUGAAAUUAAAUUUUAAAUUGGAAAUUGAUAUUUGAGAAUUUCUUUUCUCAUUCAGUAGAUAUGCUUCAUUUCAUUUUUUACAAUUACUGAGGGCUGCACCUUUGAAUUCCUAAAUAGUUGUCAAACAUAAAUAUGGGGAUAUGGUGGACAUACGUGCACAUAUAAAUAAAAUCUGAAUGCUAAGAGUAUUUUUAAUGUUUAUUUACAGUAGGUGGGUGUUUAGUAACCGAAACCUAAAGUUCAUACUUGGGUGGUUAGACCUACUAUAGCCUCUCCAAUUCUGUUCUAAGAUAGUAGUUUGCCUGUUUGAAACAUUACUUUUCCCAGAGGCAGGUAUUAAGAAUUGUAUCUGUCUUUGACAAAACUAUGGGAAUGUGUAUACCUGAAAACAGUGUUGAGUACUGUAGCCUGAAAACAAGAACUUGCACGGGAGAGGCAAACAGUCACAUCGCAUAUGAUUUCUUUUAUGGCAACUACAGUCAUGUUCAAAGACAGAAAAAAAAAAAAAAGCAAAAAGAAUUACAAAAAAAAAAAAAAAGAAACACCUAACAAAAACUAAAGAAAAAUCAAAAAUACCAUUUUUAUUUUGAAAUACGUUUGCUGUUCUCUGGAGAAUGUACUUUUACUCUUUAUUUUUUUCCUUAAAUCUUUUUCAAGUAUGUGCAAGUAAUAGCAGCAGCUACCUUAAUCUUUCAGGUGCUACUGGAUUUUGCAUUAGCGUGUUAUGUUGUGAAAUCCUGACUUUGACAUAAAAGAUUUUUGUAAGUA